UAACCAAAACAAAAAAGUGCUGUUUGCAGUCCGAAAAUAUUAAUUUAUUGAUAUUUCGAUACUCUUUAUAAUUAAUGAGAUUGUUGGUACAGGACUGUGUAGCGAAAUGAUCUAUUCAUCGAAAUAAAUUCUAAACAUACUAUAAAUUGAGUGAUAUAUUCGAUAAUAUGUCAGCUGAAGAACUAAGAAACCCAUUUAUCGAUCCGUCGGCUGCAAAUACUGUAACUAUUGAUAGCACGGAUGCACCAGAUCUGGAUAAAGAGGAGCUGGAAGAUGUACCUGCAGCGAUGACGGAGUCGUAUAGUGAAAUUGCAUACACCCAAAAUUUUUUUGGCGCUGGUAGCACAGAAGAUCCCGAAGGGGGAAUCAAUCUCAAUAAUAUUCGCUCUGGUUCAUCCUCAUCAUCUUCGUCGCAAACUAGAAGGCGCCCAGAUUCACUAAACUGUGAUAAGAGGAAAGAUGCUUUCCCAUAUAAUUUGGAAGGCACUGUACGGGUAGACGGCAAUAUGACACAUUUUGUUGCCGAGAACCUAGAAUAUAAAAUCAAACUGGCGAGUCCGGUAACGGUAACGCGGAAGGACUCUGGCAAUCCCUCUUCAUCCCGGCAAAGUACGCCAUCGGCAGCAACCGGAGGCGGUAGUACUAGCAACUAUGGCCUAAUGCCAAAACCAUUCAUGAUACCACCGCACCUUAAUCAAAUCGAUCCUAACGCGCUGAAUGAAAUCGAACGGGAGGCGCAAGCAUUGGCCGCCUCGGUUGACAACCUCACCGAGAGCCUCUGCUCGGUGCUUCAUUCGAUUUCCUCCAUCACAGCGGACAAUGUAGAGAUUUACAAAAAUUCCGUCACAAAACUAACUGACUGUAUGGACGCCAACAUCAAGUGCAUGUACACGAUCAUGGCAAAAGCGGAAGAGAUUUCCAAGGCAAUCAAACCAGCGGAAGCGUUGUCGACCAGGAUACGGGAAAUCAAGCGGCUAGUCGAUAUGUUCGAAAGUAACAUUUAGCUUAUGCGCUCCAAUUCUCUGUGUACUUUUAUUAUGUUCCUUCUUUUGGAAGUGCGAACGUUUGUAUAAACGAAAUAUGUUAUUUAUAUGGUUUGUGACUCCUUUUAAUUUAAGUAUUUAUAUUUUUAAAUCGCUUCUGAAUAUUGCGACAUGUUGAAUUCUAAC